AUGUCAUCAAAGAAGGAGGAAGUAUACAGGACUGGGCCAUAUAGGUCAUACAUUGUUGAGUCGCAAAGACGAAAGACUAAUACCCUCACCAAAAAGGAUGUGGCAAUAAUCCUCUUGAUCACAUCUGUUUCCUUCCUACGUAUCUACAAAAUCUACCAACCAGCAAAUAUCGUCUUUGAUGAGAUCCACAUUUUACGAUAUGUUCAACACUACUUCAAAGGUACCUUUUUUGUUGAUGUGCACCCUCCAUUGGGUAGACUCAUUUACUUUUUAUUGGCUAAAUUGACCUAUUUCGAUCCUGAGAUUGACUUUGAAGUCAUCGGACAACCGUACCACGGUGUACCGUACGCAAUUAUGAGGCUAUUCUCAGGAAUUUGUGGCAUCCUAUCUGUGAAUGUAGCAUAUUUGACCAUGCGUCUUGAUUCGGAUUACUGGGUUUCAUUGUUCACGGCGGUAAUAGUGUUGUUUGAAAAUUCGUUGGUCACACAAUCAAGAUUCAUUUUGUUAGAUUCACCCUUGAUAUUGGGCCAGGCUUUAACCAUUUACUACUUUAAGCUAUCAUGUAAGACAGAGCCGGAGAGGAGAUUGUGGUGGAGAUAUCUUUUCGCAACUGGUUUGUCGUUAGCAUGGACAAUAUCAAUGAAAUUGACUGGAUUUUACACCCUUUUAUGGGUGGGAAUCUUUUCCAUGUUUGAUUCGUACCAAUUGCUUGGUGAUUUGACUAUCUCCACUUGCAGAUGGUUUAGAAUCGCAUUCUAUAAACUAUUAGUAUUGUUGGUUCUACCGUUGACAAUCUAUUUAUCAUUAUGGAAGGUACAUUUUGAUUUGUUACCAUUCGAAGGUCCAAAUAGCGGAUUGAUUUCUCCUCGUCUUAGAUCAACGUUCAAAGACUAUACGACGUCUCCAGUGGAGGUACUAUAUGGAAGCACUGUCACAAUCAAGCACAAUAAUCUUGAGAAAUACCUUCAUUCACAUGACCAAACUUACCCCAGAGGCACCCAAUUACAACAAGUGACACUAUAUGGUCACGAGGAUCCCAAUAACGAGUGGAUAGUUGAGUUGCCACGCAAGUUUUACGAACACAAGCAUUUCAACCAAAGUCGACAAGUCAAAGAUGGUGAAUUCAUUAGGUUGUAUCAUAAAGCAACUGGGAGGUACCUCCACGUAAGUGAUGUUCGACCUCCCAUUUCAGAACAUGAUUAUUCAAAAGAGGUGAAUUGUAAUGCAACUAGGGGAUUGAUGGGGAAUACUGAGUACGAAUUUAGGUUGCGGAUCUUGAACAAAAAACCACACGCCACGAACAAUUUACCAAUGAUCAAACUUCGUGCUACGGAGACGGUUUUCAUGCUAGUGAGCAGAGACCACAGAUGUAAUUUAAUAAGUCAUCAUGACAAACUUCCCAGCUGGGGAAAUUAUCAGAAUGAAGUAUUGUGCGUCCUGGAAUCAACCAUUCCUAAUUCAUUAUGGUACAUUGAAACCAAUCUGCACCCAUUGUUGAACGAAUUCACGUCACAUGUGAAUUUUGGCCAGGUAUCCUUUUUGACAAAAGUUUGGGACCUUCAUCAGGCCAUGUUUAGAGUAAAUGCCGACUUUACUACCCCACAUAAAUAUAGUUCACGACCUGAAGCUUGGUCAUUUGUACUCAAGGGCAUCGCAUAUUUCCAAAGUUUGCCACAAUACACAAGCUUGACUGAACACACAAGUCAAAUAUACUUUUUGGGCAAUGUUAUAACAUACAUCCUCAGCUUCAUCGUGGUUGUCGUAUCUUUAAUCAAGCUUGUAUUUCAUGGGUUGCGAAACUUAAAUCCUUACGUGACAUAUCUUGAUCCUGACACAAAGAGGAGAUUUUACACCAAUGCAUUGCAGUAUGUUGCUGGAUUUGUGCUUCACUAUUGGCCGUACUUUUUCAUUAGACGUAACCUUUAUGCACACCAUUACUUGCCAGCAUUGUACUUUGCUAUAUUGAAUUUAGGCGAGUACUUAAACUAUCAAAUGAAGUACAUUCGAGUUCCCUUGAUGAUUGCAAUCCUUUCAAGUGCUAUUCACUGUUUCAUCGAGUUUAUCCCCCUCAUUUAUGGAACCGAGUGGACUGUUGCCAGUUGUGUAGCUCAUAAAUGGUUUUCUGGCUGGAAUAUGGACUGUAUGACAUAUGGAGGUUAG